GGCAAAUGUGAAGGGCCCGUGAAAGACAUCUAAAUUAUUACUUAUAAUAAUUCAGAAAUUGAAUGUCUGGUGCAUACUGAAGAAUUGUGAGAGGUUGUCAAAAAAUCUAUAAACACUCACAGAGGAAUCAGCUAAUUAAAUAAGGGAGCUUUUUGUCUUUGGGCUAGGAUAUAAACCCCAGAACUUCCUGAGAGGCAAGGGCAGAGAGGGCGCCACCUGUCCUGGAGAACCUGGAGCCCGCUCUAAAGACUUCGGCUCAGCCCCUUUUCUUUCCUCAAACUCUAAUUGGCUACUUCUUCCUGGGCCCUGCCUCCUCCUCGGUCUGGACCAUUAAACAGCCAAGCCCUACCCAGGACCUGGAUGCGGCCUCCAAUCAGGUGCCAGGCCCUCGAGUCCCUCUAAGGAAGCCCCUUCUCCACCAGCGAGGAGCCUUGCUCUCGUCCGUGAUUGGCCAGGCAGCAGCAUGGAUCCUCCUCCUUCUCUUUCAGAUUGGUCAGCGGUCCUCAGGCGCACGUCCCUCUCAGCCGGUCCCGCCGCUCUUCCUCUUGGCUGCGCUGUCUGUGGCAAGCCCGGUCCUCAGCGGCGAGGGCCCCGCCCCCUGUAAAGGCCCGCCCGGGAAUUGGCGGCGGCGCUGCAGCCAUUUCCGGUUUCUGGGAGGUGGGUGGGGUGCGGAGCGGGACUUCGAGCAGCCGCCGCCGCCGCUGCCGCCGACCACAGAACCUUUCUUGCUACUGGUCCUGCCAGGACGAUGCGGCCGGGGCCCGGAGGCUGCUGCUGCCGCCGCCCGGUGCGGGCGAACGGCUGCGUGACCAACGGGGAAGUGCGGAACGGAUACGUGAAGAGCAGCGCCUCAGCCGCAGCAGCCGCCGCCGGCCAGAUCCAUCAUGUUACACAAAAUGGAGGACUGUAUAAAAGACCAUUUAAUGAAGCUUUUGAAGAAACACCAAUGCUGGUUGCUGUGCUCACAUAUGUGGGGUAUGGCGUACUCACCCUCUUUGGAUAUCUUCGAGAUUUCUUGAGGCAUUGGAGAAUUGAAAAGUGUCACCAUGCAACAGAAAGAGAAGAACAAAAGGACUUUGUGUCAUUGUAUCAAGAUUUUGAAAACUUUUAUACAAGGAACCUCUACAUGAGGAUAAGAGACAACUGGAAUCGGCCAAUCUGUAGUGUGCCUGGAGCCAGGGUGGACAUCAUGGAGAGACAAUCUCAUGAUUAUAAUUGGUCCUUCAAGUAUACAGGGAAUAUAAUAAAAGGUGUUAUAAACAUGGGUUCCUACAACUAUCUUGGAUUUGCACGGAAUACUGGAUCAUGUCAAGAAGCAGCCGCCAAAGUCCUAGAGGAGUAUGGAGUUGGAGUGUGCAGCACUCGGCAGGAAAUUGGAAACCUGGACAAACAUGAAGAACUGGAGGAGCUUGUAGCAAGGUUCUUAGGAGUAGAAGCUGCUAUGGCGUAUGGCAUGGGAUUUGCAACGAAUUCAAUGAACAUUCCUGCUCUUGUUGGCAAAGGUUGCCUGAUUCUGAGUGAUGAACUGAACCAUGCAUCACUGGUUCUGGGAGCCAGACUGUCAGGAGCAACCAUUCGAAUCUUCAAACACAACAACAUGCAAAGCCUAGAGAAGCUAUUGAAAGAUGCCAUUGUUUAUGGUCAGCCUCGGACACGAAGGCCCUGGAAGAAAAUUCUAAUCCUUGUGGAAGGAAUAUAUAGCAUGGAAGGAUCUAUUGUUCGCCUUCCUGAAGUGAUUGCCCUCAAGAAGAAAUACAAGGCAUACUUGUAUCUGGAUGAGGCUCACAGCAUUGGGGCCUUGGGCCCCACAGGCCGGGGUGUGGUGGAGUACUUUGGCCUGGAUCCUGAGGAUGUGGAUGUUAUGAUGGGAACAUUCACAAAGAGUUUUGGUGCUUCUGGAGGAUACAUUGGAGGCAAGAAGGAGCUGAUUGACUACCUGAGAACACAUUCUCAUAGUGCAGUGUAUGCCACAUCACUGUCACCUCCCGUAGUGGAGCAGAUCAUCACCUCGAUGAAGUGUAUCAUGGGACAGGAUGGCACCAGCCUUGGUAAAGAGUGUGUACAACAGUUAGCUGAAAACACCAGGUAUUUCAGGAGACGCCUGAAAGAGAUGGGCUUCAUCAUCUAUGGAAAUGAGGACUCUCCAGUAGUGCCUUUGAUGCUCUACAUGCCUGCCAAAAUUGGCGCCUUUGGACGGGAGAUGCUGAAGCGGAACAUCGGUGUCGUUGUGGUGGGAUUUCCUGCUACCCCGAUUAUUGAGUCCAGAGCCAGGUUCUGCCUGUCAGCAGCUCAUACCAAAGAAAUACUUGAUACUGCUUUAAAGGAGAUAGAUGAAGUUGGGGACCUAUUGCAGCUGAAGUAUUCCCGUCAUCGGCUGGUGCCUCUACUGGACAGGCCCUUUGAUGAGACGACCUAUGAAGAAACAGAAGACUGAGCCUUUCUGGUGCUCCCUCAGAGGAAUUCUCCCUCACCCAGGACAGCGUGUGGCCUUUGUGAGCCGGUUCCAGGAACCACACUUCUGUGGCCAUCUCAUGUGAAAGACAUUUCCUCAACUACUGAAGGUGGCCAUCUCUACUCUAAAUGACAUUUUGUAAAUAGUAAAAACUGCUUCAAAUCCUUCCUUUGCUAAAUCUCACCUUUAAAAACAAAGGUGACUCACUUUGCUUUUUGGUCCAUUAAAAAAACAUUUUAUUUUAUAAUCAUUCUACUUGUGAAAUCACACUGACCCUAGCCUGUCUCUGGCCAACCACACAGGCCAGGCCAUUCCCCUCUCCCAGCACCUCACGAACUCGGGCCCAUCAAGAGCUACUGCUGGCUCUGGCUCCACAGCCUGGAGACUUACCUGGCCCUCCUCCCUAGGGAGCAAGUGCCUUCCACUUACUUCCCAUCCAGGUCUCAGAGGUGGCCAACCUUGGAAUCUUUCUUUAACCAUUCACGUAAUCAACUGAAGUAUUCACCCUUUAAUCUUAAGUUUAGUCUUUUAAGAAAACAGUAAACGAUGACUGCUGAAAGUCUUAUUGUGUAACCUCCCAAGGGUUUGGUCUUACUCCAUUUUGUUCUGGUCACCAGAUGAUUUCUUCCUUUACCAUCAAAUAUUUAUUCAUAAUGGUCACAGUCAGAGGAUAUGCCCAAAUUCUGGUUUUUCCCAAGCUCUAACCGUAACACAUCCCACCCCCUUUUUAAAGCACUUACUGUUGUCAGAGCACCAUAUUCCACCCUGGUGAGAAGGCCCCUCUCACAUCUGAGUGUUGGGUACAAAGCUACUCCAUAGAAUGAUGUGCACUCCUGAUGGGUGAGGGGCAGGGGCAGUGUGGGAGGAAUUGGUUACUCCUUGCAGUCUGUGGCUUGCAUUCCUUACUGCUUUCUAUACGUUUCAAAAUUAUGACAGCCUCUGGCUGGGUCUGGGUCCAGAUUAGGAUUUAAACUGAUAAAGGAAAAUGUUGGUAAAUCCUCUGCUCAGAAAUCAUUUAUCAUGUUCUAUUUAAGGAUUUGAUUUAUUUAUUGAGGGCUUUUAGAAGCUAACCCCCUUAAGUAUUACUCUUCUGAAUGCUAGUUCUCUUUUAUUCUUGAUGCCCUAAGACAACUGAAUCUGGCAUCUGGGGCUAGGGUCUGCCAGUCUGUACAUUUUUUUUCUUCUUUUCUGAGAAAUUCUGAACACAUAGAUCUCUUUCCUAAACUGACAUUUUCUAUUUUGACUGUUUUCAUACUAUAACCAGGUAAAGGGACUUCUUUCAGAGAGCUUUAUACUGCCUGACCAAAGAACAAAUCUGAAAAUCAGCAUUUUAAAGUUUUUUUUUUUUUUUUUUUUUUUUUUUUUUUUCAGUUAAACCAAAGUUUAAGUGAGGAGGAUUUUUGGCUUUUUAUAUCCAGGAUCAACUUGUCUUUUUGUAUCCAUCAAGUAUUAUAGGGGAAGGAUAUGAAAGUCAUGUUACAACUGGGUACAGUGGCUCACACCUGUAAUCCCAGCACUUUGGGAGGCUGAAGCAGGUGCAUCACUUGAGGUCAGGAGUUUGAGACCAGCCUGGCCAACAUGGUGAAACCCUGUCUCUACUAAAAAUACAAAACAAUUAGCUGGGCAUGGUGGCGCACGCCUGUAAUCCCAGUUACUCAGGAGGCUGAGGCAGGUCAAUCACUUGAACCGAGGAGGGGGAGGUGGCAGUGAGCCAAGAUCUUGCCACUGCACUCGAGCCUGGGUGACAGAGUGAGACUUUGUCUCAGAAAAAAAAAAAAAACCUCAUGUUACACAUCUUGUUGCUGUUAUUGUUCCUUUUUUUCUUUUCUUUUUUCAUGACUACUUUUGUGCCAGUGUUAAACAUUUUAAUUCUUUAAAUUGCUCCUUUUACUGGUAAAGAUUCUCAAUCCAAAAUCUCCUGGGUGUCUUGUCAUCAGCUGUGGUAUGUUUGUGCACAUUAUGAGUAGCGGAGGAUGUAAGCAAUAUUAUUGUUUGUGAAGUUUUGUUUUUAAUGUCGAGUAUAAGUUAUGUUUAGUCACUAUCAGCAUCUGAGGGCUUUAAUAAGCCCUUGAGAUAUCCUAAAGUUUUUUUUUUUUUUUUUUUUACUUUUUUAAAGAACAGAAAGAUGAAUGAAAGAACCAAGGAGAGGGCUGGGCGCGAUGGCUCACGCCUGUAAUCCCAGCACUUUGGGAGGCCGAGACAGGUGGAUCACAAGGUCAAGAGAUUGAGACCAUCCUGGUCAACAUGGUGAAACCCCGUCUCUACUAAAAAUACAAAAAAUUAGCUGGGCAUGGUGGCGCAUGCCUGUAAUCCCAGCUACUCGGGAGGCUGAGGCAGGAGAAUUGGCUGAACCCAGGAGGUGGAGGUUGCAGUGAGCUGAGAUCGCGCCAUUGCACUCCAGCCUGGGUAACAAGAGCGAAACUCCGUCUCAAAAAAAAAAAAAAAAAAGGAAGAACCAAGGAGAGAUGCAGCGACUUUAUUUAGCAUGUACAGUUUAAGAAGGAGGUUUUGGUAACUAAAUAAGGAGUCCCGUAAAAUCAAAUAUAUUGUCAACCUUUCCUGCACAUCAGUUUCCUACCAUAGAAUCCCACUGGAAUACCAGAUAGCUUUUGCACUGCUUUACUACUUAUUGAUGUAAAUGUGGGAUUUGUAAAAGUCACAAGCUUAUAGGCAAUGAACUUACCUGCUAGUCUUUUUAUUUUGGCUUGCAUAUAGUCACUGCAAAUUCAAAUGUCAGUCAGCACCGCAUUUAAAAUAUAUCGAUAUCACUUUGUUGGUGCACAGUUAUUUCAAGAUAAUUGUAAUUUUGUUACAAGUUUAUUUUGGAUAGACAGACCUCCUGUGAUCUAUCCAGGACCUCUGUACUUUCUAAAGAACAAAAUGUUAUGUAUACAUGGUUGGGUGUCUCUUCUUGAAUCUGUAAUAUAAAUCUAGGGUCCAGUCAUAUCCUAGGUAUCAUUAUUUAUCCAAGUACUUGGAGGAAUACAAGUACAUAUAUACAGUCAUUUUUGAGAAUAAGUAGAGAUUGGGGCAUACAAGAAUAGUUUAAUACACAGUUUAACAUGGCCUGAUUGAAGACUCUGAUGGCAUUCAAACAGAUGUCAGUUAACCAUGACUACCAAAGCCAAUCAUCUGAGUUAAUCAAUAGAGGUGUGACUAGUCCUUAGCACUUUUUCCCAUUCCUCUUAUUAUUCAGCAUUGCUGUUACCCAUUUCAGGUUUAUAAGACCUCUUGCAGCAGCUCACAUCAGAAACCAGGAAAUUUUUAGCUAGGAGACAUCAAAAGCAUAUAGGAAGAGGGGACCAAGUGCCAGUGGCAGUUUCUCCUCCCAUCUUUUUUUUUUAAGCUUUAACCUAGCAGGGGCAUGAACUUUAUAGCACUUUUUAAACUUUCUGCUUUGCUUUGGAUAAGAAAUCUUUACUUUAAAAAAAGCUGCUUGUCAGCCCAUCGAAGUGGCUCACACUUGUAAUCCCAGCACUUUGGGAGGCUGAGGUGGGUGGAUCACAAGGUCAGAAGUUCAAGACCAGCCUGGCCAAUAUGGUGAACCCUCGUUUCUACUAAAAAUACAAAAAAUUAGCCAGUGUGGUGGCAGGUGCCUGUAAUCUCACCUACUCAGGAGGCUGAGGCAGGAGAACCACUUCAACCUGGGAAGCAGAGGUUGCAGUGAGCCAAGAUCGCACCACUGCACUCCAGCCUGGGUGACAAGAGCGAGACUCUGUCUUAAAAAAAAAAAAGCUUCCAGUCUCCAGAGCUCCGAAAAUACUGCUUAUUUGAAGAAUCCAUCCAUUUUAGUGCUUUAGUCACUAUCUUAAACAUUCAAGAUAGGGUGAGGAUUUUCAAACAGGAUUUUUUUUUUUUUUUUUUUUUGAAACGGAAUUUCGCUGUUGUUACCCAGACUGGAGUGCAAUGGCACUAUCUCGGCUCACCGCAACCUCCGCCUUCUGGGUUCAAGCAGUUCUCCUGCCUCAGCCUCCCAAGUAGCUGGGACUACAGGCGCACAUCACCAUGCCCAGCUAAUUUUUUUGUAUUUUUAGUAGAGACGGGGUUUCACCUUGUUGACCAGGAUGGUCUCGAUCUCUUGACCUCAUGAUCCACCCACCUCGGCCUCCCAAAGUGCUGGGAUUAUAGGCGUGAGCCACCGUGCACAGCCAGGAUUCUUGCUUCUGUAGUCAUGCAAGGUAAACAGAAGCAUCCACGUAACCACUAAGGGUUCUAUGUGUUUCAUGCCCCUUCAGAGGCUAAGGAGUUGAACAUACUUCCAAUGAUUUGUUUCUUCAUGCCUUUCUCCUUUACUUGGCCUGCCUUUCUUUCUGUACCUUCAAGUUCUUGAUUUUAAAACUCCAACUCUAGAGAAAACCAAUAUAUGGUGGUGCUGGGCUUUGAAGAUCAGUAUAUCAGACGCCUUGGUUCUGUUUGUACACUUAGCCUUACAUUUCAGGAGGAGGCUUUUCAUUAGGGACUUAAGCUAGCUCCUUUGGCUUUUAACAUUUUUUCUUCAGUUUCUUCAUUACCUAAAGAAGCCUGCAUCUAAACUUCUCAAAUAGUUCAGCCUAGCCAAAUUUUCAUUUUUUAUUUUAUUAUUAUUAUUUUUUUAAUUAUUUUUUUUUUAUAAGAUGGGGUUUCACCAUGUUGGCCAGCCUGGUCUUGAACUCUUGACCUCAGGUGAUCCACCUCGGCCUCCCAAAGGAUUACAGGCGUGAGCCACUGCGCCCAGCCCUUAUUUUAUUAUUAUUAUUAUUUUGUAGAGACAGGGUUUCUCCAUGUUGAUCAGGCUGGGCUCAAACUCCCAACCUCAGGUGAUCCGCUCACUUUGGCCUCCCAAAGUGCUGGGAUUACAGGCGUGAGCCACCGCAUCUGGCCAAGCUAGCUGAAUUUUCUAGUGUGUAAUACAGUUUGCUACCUUCUUAUUGGUGAAAACCAGGGUGAUGAGUGGCUUACUUAGACAGAUUUCCUGAUUUCUCAGGGAGGAAAAAAGUGAUGACAUUUACCACUACUUUUCUGUUUUUCCCCUUUUUCCAAACUGAUAAGGAUUUCUGGUUCCUAGCUAUCCUGGAUUGGGCAACAGUACAGAACUGCUGGUCAUGCUGUAGGCUGUGAAGAAAGAAUGUGGGUGGUUCUUAGAUUUUCAAGAAUUUGUAGGGUUAGGGGCAUUUGUUCUCUUGUAUGAACCAUUGCUGUGACCUACCAGGUAUCUUUCCUCUCUUAGUGUUCUAGGUAAGCCAAUGAGUUUUAAUCUCUGCUUGCUAUAACUGUGUGCUUAGAAAAAGAGGUGAGAGUAGUGGUUUUCCUUCUAACUGUCCACAUUCAUGAAGAUUAUGAACUGUUAAGACAGCCAGAGCAAGAUAGACCCUGUCUCUACAAAAAAAUUUUCUAAAUUAACCGGGCAUGGUGUUGCCUGCCUAUAGUUAGUUCCACCUGUGUGGAGAAUCACUUGAGCCUGGGAAGCCAAGGCUGCAGUGAGCCAUGAGUGCACCACUGCAAUCCAGCCUGGGUGACAGAGUGAGACCCUGUCUCAAGAAGAGGGAAAGAAAAUUGUCAGGACCCAGAUAUGGAUGCACACCUGUAAUCCCAGCUACUUGAGAGGCUGAGGCAGGAGGCCUUCUUGAGCCCAGGAAUUUGAGCCUAGCCUGGGCAACAUAGCAAGACCCCAUCUCCAAAAAAAAAAAAAGAUGUUUGUUAAAUAAGCUGAGCCCAAAGGAGUUGGGAAUGGGAGAGGUAUAACAAGCAAAGAUUAUUUUUGGCUACUAAGCCAAUAAUUUACAGAAUUUUUUUUUUUUGAGAUGGAGUUUUGCUGUUGUUACCCAGGCUGGAGUGCAAUGGCAUGAUCUUGGCUCACCACAACCUCCACCUUCUGGGUUCAAGCAAUUCUCCUGCCUCAGCCUCCCGAGUAGCUGGGACUACAGGCACGUACCACCAUGCCCAGCUAAUUUUUGUAUUUUUAGUAGAGACGGGGUUUCACCGUGUUGACCAGGAUGGUCUCAAUCUCUUAACCUUGUGAUCCACCCUCCUCAGCCUCUUAAAGUGCUGGGAUUAUAGGCAUGAGCCACCAUCUCCAGCCAGAUUUAUUUUUAAUUUUCAGCCCCAGAACCCACAGAUACGCUGCUGCUUGCUUCAUGUGGAUGCUCAGUGCCCAGCAGGCAUCUUAAUCCAUUAAACCAGUUUUUAAAAAUGCCUUCCAUGUGGAGAAAUGCAUGUCCUUUUCUCUCCUCAACUUUAUCCACAUGAAAUGUGUGCCCAUGGCGGGGCACAGUGGCUCACGCCUGUAAUCGCAACACUUUGGGAGACUGAGGUGGGCAGAUUGCUUGAGGCCAGGAAUUUGAGAACAGUCUGGCCAACAUGACGAAACCCUGUCUCUACUAAAAUUACAAAAAUUAGCCGGGCAUGUUGGCGCAUGCCUGUAAUCCUAGCUACGUUAGGAGGCCGAGGCACAGGAAUUGCUUGAACCCAGGAGGCAGAUGCAAUGAACCAAGAUUGUGCCACUGCAGUCCAGCCUUGGCAACAGAGGAAGACUCAUCUCAAAAAAAAAAAUAAGUGUGCCCAGGCCCCUAGCCAUUGCCAUGUGCCCAGCCAGAGAGCCAGAGGGCUGGCUUCCAUUGUUACACAGAAGAAAUGCUAGCACUAGCCGAUGAUACCUUUGCUUUUAGUUAUAUAGAAAAUGCUGUUGUUCCUUUUGUCGUUUCCAGUGACUUCUGUUUUCCAGGCAGCUCUUUUCUAGGGAGGAAACCAAAGGGGCUAGUUUAAGCCCCUAAUAAAAAUGUUUAGUCUCUGGUGAGUUCAGAAGUGUCAUAUUUACAGUCCACCCUUGGGAGUGGCUUGGUGGGGAGCUGUGGACCGGGUUUUGUUUACUGCAUAGUGUACAUGAUAAAUGGCCUUAAACUGUGAUUCUUUCUGAUAGGAUAAGUUAUGAUAAAAUGACCUUAAAGAAUGCAAUAGCUUUUAAACUGCAGUUACUGUGUUCUUAAUGAAGCAAUAUCCAAAGCUCUGUUCUUUUGGAGCAUUUGAGGGGAGGUUGAAUGAAAGUUGCAAAUAAGAGUAGCACCUUGAUCUUAUAGCUUUCUGAGUGUCCUGCCUCGUUGCCAUCUGCAUGGAUGAGUGAAUCCUUCUAUGCACGAGGAGACUCAAGCCAACUCAGAGUCUGCUUUUCCCAAUAUUAUUCCCAGGUUUCUUUUGCAAAGCUUGGUCAUUUGGCCCAGGCCUUCCUGGAAAGUGGAGUACAUGUCACUGACUAGGGUGGCGUGAUGUCUUUACCCAUGUUACCUCAGUGGUUUGAAGCCAGUAGUUGGAAUUAUAAAAAGCAUCCUUGCUGGUUCUUCACAGGACGCUGGAAACCACCCUGUCGAUUCAGCCGGCCUGCCCACACAGUCUUGAUGAUCCCUCUCUGUGAUAGGCAGCUAACAUUAAGAGAAGGGGGAAAGAGACAGAAGAGAGCAAUAGCUUAUGGCAGAGUCAAGAUCUUAUUUUUUUGGCCCAUGUUUUUCCCUUGACCAAGUUACCUGUAAACAAAUUUGCAAGGGGAUGCGGUGUUGAUAACACCUUUCUAUUGCUGUAAUGUUCAUAUAACCUGGGAAACUGAGAGAAGGGGAAGUGUAAAUAAAAGUUAAAAAAUUUUAAUUAUGUGUUGAAAUGUCACUCUCUCUUAUCCUGUCUCCCUUCUUUGCCGGAUGAUUUUUUAAUUUCUAUUUUGUAUCUUAUUGGAUGACUGUGAAGCUAUGAGUAGUGGGUUGGGGUAGGUGUGUGGAUUUUGAGAGUGCAUGUUAAGAACGGAAGGGGAACUACUUGAGAUGACUUAAGCAGCAUCCCAUGCAAAUAUCUUAUUUUGCCCUAAUAAAAUAUUCAGAAACAUA